AUGAGAUCACAAUCACCUAAUUUAAAAUAAUCAAGAGUAAGUUCUGCUUAAUAAAAUAAUUCUAUUGCUGUAAGUUAGAUUGAGAAGUCAAAAAUUGAAAAUAAAUAAUCUGUUACAAAAUAGGAUAAAAUGAAAAGCUAUGCAAAAGAAUAAUAAAAUGUUUCAAAAAAACAUGAAACUGUAUUAUAUACAAAUUAUAUAAUAGAUAGAUCCUACGAAAUUAAUUGAAUAGAAUAUGAAAUUAAAAGAAUAACUAUAAGAUUUAGUAGUACAUCUUGAUAAUAUUGUUAAAAAUUAAAAAGAAAAACAAAAGUUAGAAAAGGAAAAGAAAUUUGCAAAGCCUUAAGAUCCAGCUGAUAAGAAAUCUAUUUUGAAUUAAUAGGAAAAAUAAAUUAAUGAUAAUAUUGCAUAAAUCAAAUUAAUAUCUAAGUAGUUAGAAUAAACAUUUGAUAUAAAUAAGUAAUAAUAUUAAAUAAUUAAUAGAAUAAAAGAGAAGGAAGAUAAGAAAAGGUAUUUGGAAAAUGAAUAUUUAAAAUUAUAUAAAGAAUAUGAAUCAUAACAAAGAAUUGAUUAAAAAUAGAAUGAAGGAUUAAAAUAAAUGGAUUUGAAGGAAUAAUAAUUAAUUAUUGUAACAAUUAAAAAACAAUUAUAAGAUGAGUAAAAAGUGUCUAGAUAAUUAAUAGAGGAAAUCAAUUUGAUUGAAAAAAAUGUUUAAAAAUUACAUAAUGAAAGAGUAACGAAAUUGAAACAAAUAACAGAUAUUUAAUAGAAAAUUACUUAGAAAAAGAAAAAUAAAUAAGUUGAUGAUGAAAUAGAUGAUAAUAAAUUGAAAUAAUUAGUGGAUGAAAUAAUUGAACUAUAAAAAAAAAAGGAUGAAUAAAUGAAAAACUAUAGUGAAAAAUUUUAAAAGUUAGAGUCAGAUAGAAAUUAAAUAAAAAAUGAAAUUGAAAAAAAGAGAAUGUUAAUGAUUAAAUUAGAAAGAGAUACAAAAAUUAAUAGAAUUUUUAUACAUGAAGCAAAUAGAUAUUUAAGAUUGGAUGAUAAAAAUUCUUAAAGAUCAACUAAACCUAUCUUUUCUGCAUCGAAAAAACCUACUACUCCAAGAAAAGAUACUCCUUCUCCAAAAUCAGAAAAAGGAUCAAUUAGAAAAGGUCUAUCUUAAAAAAAAGUAGAAAUAAUCAAAGAAGAAUAAUUUGAGGAAACAAUCCCAAAUUUAGAUCUAUAGCAAUAAAAUUAAAGAUAAUCUAGAACUAAAGAAUAAAAAGAUAAAACAUAUUAAACAGAUUGCAUUGAUUAACAUACAUCAAAAUCUACUGAAAAAAAAGAUGUAUAAGAAUCCACUUAAAUUGAUAAAUCAAUUGAAAAAUAAUAUACUCAUCAUAAUAAUCAUGAAGAGGAAACAAAAAGUUUAAUUGAUUAAAAUGAGUAUAAUUCUCAAUAAAAUCAAUAAAUUUAAUAGCCAAAGUACAUAAUUAUAUUUAAUAUUAAGCAUAUAUAGAAAACCAAUGAUGAUGCUCAAAAAAAAAUGA